UUUGGUGUGUACUUCUGCGGGUUUAAUGAGUGCCGUGUUCUCUUUUUUAACCCUUAUACCCCUCACCCUGCUCGCACGCGUAUGUGUGUGAGAGAGAGAGGCAGAGACAGAUAUGUUUGGGUCUUGCUUUCUGCACAUACUUGCAGACAUUCUUGCAAACAAUUCCACAACAAACACAGAAUACGUAUCAAUUCUCCUGCAGGUUCUUCCGAAGGAACAAUUAAAAGAAAUUGAAAUUAUGCUAUCUCGAUCCUUCUCCUACCUCUUUCCCCAUCUCUCUCUCUCUUUGUAGCAGCCCUCCCUUCUCUCAUUGUCAACUGCUUUUGUGAUGGUGGUGCCCUCUCCUUUGCUACCUUAACUUUUCCAACCCUUUACGGAGGCAGGUACCCAUUGACCAUGCCGUAGCUGGAUCGACUGGGAGUAGUAAGCUACGUCACAAGGGUAUUGAACAGUCUUAUCGCCGUCGCUCUAACUAUAAGAUUUUGUGUUUUGCCUUCCCUUGUGACAUCCAUGCAGGAAUACCGACUGCGACCCCCAUCAGACCCUCCUCCCAAAAUGAAAUUUAUCUGUAGUUCUGGCAACAGAUGCACCGACAUGGCGUUUAGCAAAAGGCUGUGGCGUUUUAGCAAUGCACGCUGAUAUCUCCCCUGAAAUAAAAUAAAGGGGGUGAGACAAGAAUAAUGAACACCCUCAGGGCCCCUGCUGUUCUCUUUAAUAUGUAUAAGCGAAUUCGGGUACGCAGAGGACUAGCUUCGGCCUCGUGUAAAAGAAAACGUUCGUAUUACAUUCAAGCCCACGCGCACACCCAUACACCUACACAAUUGCUUAUAUGAACGCACAAGCCAAAGCUUCAGACAUGUAAAGGAAAAGUACAGCUUUCACCACUGGGGCUCUGGUUCUCAUCAACAGGUCGGCCAGAAUAAACUUUUUAUCGCAAUUUAAUAUGAAACCAUUUGUCCCGGGAUCCUUGUAAAGGCUUGUGGGAGAAAAUGCUAAAAGUGUCAGCUUCUUCCUUAAAGCCCUAAAGUGUUACCUGGUCCUGGGUUCAAUUUCUCGUCGUUUCCUCCCUUAUGCCGAGGAAAAUGGGAUACAUGAGGUUACCAUAGUUACUAUGACAUCGCCUUGGCUGUAAGAGUUGCUGUAAGGGUUUCUCUCUCACUUUUUCUCUUUCUCGAUGUUGACAUAUAUAUAUAUUUGUGACGCUGGGAUACGAAAAAUAGAAAAAAAAAAAAAAAAACAAACUCGGGGUGAGGGUGGGGGUGGCGGAGGAGUGAGAGCGAGAGAGACGCAGUACAAACAGUUUUCUGAAACUGAAUGACAUUUCGACCAUUUUUAGAAACGCAACAACUGCAAGGGCGACAAAAACAGAUUUUGAGAAUAUGUAUACAAAAAAAAAAAAAACAAAAAAAAAAAAAAAAAAGUAAGCGAACCCUAUCUACUCCUUAAUACAAUCAAAGGGUGGGAGGUAGAUUAAAUAAGCAUAUGGUUGUCACAUGGUGCCAGAACUUGAGACAGUGUGUGUGUACUACCAGCAGCCCUCAGAAUCCAGCGGGUCGCACGCAGACUCUGAUGGCUCGUGAUAAGAGCUGCUGAAGGGGUAGACAACUCGCUAGAAGUGCUGUUGACUUCUACCACACCGAGGGCUGUUCUGAAGGCAUGGGGUUGCCUCCCCCAUGUGCGGACAUCGGGGGUAUUUGUUUCUUCUUGGGCGUUACAGGAUCGGCCGACACAGAAAUAUUCGAUUAGACCAUGAACACUCGAGGCUUUUGCAAAUAUUGUCAGCUGUCUUGUCUGAAGUUCUUUUACAGGAAUUUCAAAAAGGUUGCGACAGAGAACCUGAUCUCACAGCGAUGAGGGCGACAAGGUGGGGAAUCUGCACUGCAGGCAAAAUAUCACAUGAUUUCUGUGGCGCCAUACGAGCCUUGCCCAGUGCAGAACAUCAAAUCACCGCCGUGGCCGCCAGAUGUCUGGAGGACGCUCAAAGCUUCGCCGCCUUCUUCAGCAUCCCUCGCGCCUACGGCUCCUACGAGGAGCUUGCGCAAGAUGAUGACGUGGAUGUGAUAUAUGUGGCCACCAUCCACCCGUACCACCACGCCGUGUGCCGCCUGUUUCUGCAGAACAACCGCAAUAUUCUGUGCGAAAAGCCGCUUACCCUUAGCUUGCUAGGCACCCAGGAGCUCCUCGCAGAGGCGCAGGCUCGGCGCCUAUUCUUCAUGGAGGGAUAUUGGUCUAGGUGCUUCCCAGUGUACGAUCGUAUUCGACAAGAGCUAAGGAAAGGAACGUUAGGAGACGUGCGCCUGGUGAUUGCCAAUAUUUGCCUCCCUUUGGACGAUGUACCCCGAAUUCGACAGAAGUGUCUAGGAGGCGGGGGUCUAAUGGACAUUGGCUGCUACGCCGUUCAGGCAGCGAACAUCGUCUUCCCAGGGAAGCCAGAGAAGAUAGAAGUACAGGGAUCUUUCUUCGAGGAAGGUGUUGAUGCUGGGGGGUCCAUCACUCUGCGGUACAGCGGGGGAGGACUGGCUAGCCUGUGCUACCACACGGCUGUGGCCGAUGGAUGUAACCGCCUGGCAAUCAUGGGGUCAAAGGGCAACAUUGUGGUUCCUGGCCACUUCUGGUGUCCCGACAGACUGUUGACACCGUCUGGAGAACAAGUUUAUCCCUUCCCUGAGUUUACUUUCGACUUCCUCUUCGACAAUUCCAUCGGCUUCAUCUACGAGAUUAACUGCGUGCGAGAAUGUCUUACGAAAGGUUACACAGAAAGUCCCGUGAUGCCUCACGAAGAUACUGAGACCAUCAUGUACAUCCUUGAGGAGAUUCAGCGGCAGCUUGGCGUUUCCUACGACUUUCCGUGACCAUAACCUUUGACCUGGCCUGUUGAUCACACAAUCUUGAUUCGAACAGUUCAGGGUGCAUAAACAAUGUUUCCAAUUUUUGAGAUUGAUCUCCUCGUGGCAGUCAAGACUAUGCAUGAAGUGCUCGGUAAUUUUUCCUGUUCGUGUAUUUAUUUUUACUUUUAUUUUACAUAUAUUUUUGGCACAUUUUAAAGAAUGAGUUGUUACGACAAAAGCUCACCUCAGUGCAUUUUUUUUUAAAACGACUGUAUUUCAAAUUCAUUUCAAACGCCAGGUGCUCAACUUCAGCAAGGUUCAAACUGGAAUUUCCAUGGAGAUUAAACUUUAGAUCAAGAUGCCAAGAAAAUUUCUUUUCGUUUAAAGGACUAGUGGAGGGCAAAGUUUAAUCAAUGAUUAGGUAAAGCUCAAUACAACAUACUAUUUCCUCAAAUCUGGCUGAACACACCUUUUCCGUUUAAGAUACGCACACCUAGCAACAUCAUCAUGCACAGAAAGAGGUCAACAGCACACAUGUGAGGCUUGUACAUGGAGACGUUUUCGUUGUCGAGGUCUCAGCUGAUGAGAGAACUCAAACCAUAUGUUAAUGAUGAGUCUCUGUCUACAACUUCAAGUCGCCAUUUUGACUUCCUCUUGCGCAUGAUGUUGUAAUUGUGUAUCUCGAUGUCAGUCAGGGUGUUUUCAUCCAGAUCUGGGAAAAUAGUAUUUUUACAUAAGCUUUACCCAGUCAUUACUAAAAUACGUUCAACUAGUCCUUUAACUUUGUAAUAUACAAUUGAAGACGCUUUUUGUUUUGUUUGUUUCUUGUUCAUUUAACGAAAUAUCGAAUGGAUUUAGGUGCAUCAGUGUAUCACAAUACUUACGCGGUUCUUCGCCAUCUCAAAUUUCAUUGGUUAAAAGAAAGAAUGAGAAAGAAUGCCUUCAAACACCUUGUGUUGAAGACCAUUCCAAAAUUUACAACUGAUAAACACAAGUUAAGCUGAAAGCAAUGCUUUUAUGAGGGGGGUGUGUGUGUGUGGGUGUGAUUUUUUUUCACAGGAUAAGUAGUCUUAUGAACAAAUAUGAAUGACUGAAAGACUUGCGCUUAUUCAUGUGGGUGUUUAUGGAUGUUGAUUGUUAAAGGUCACGAAUAAUUUGAUGUCGAUCAUCUAUCUACCUAUAACACUGUGAGAGUUGAGGGUGUCAACUACUUUUUUAAUUUUUUCUCAUUAGAAUUUCUUUAGAGAUGAGUGAACAAAUGCUCAGCAUUUAAUCUACCUCAGCGAUAGCCCGAUAAUCGAGACACUUUUGUGUUGCAAGGGAACCAUUGCAGGCUAUUAAUGUGCGCAAAUAUGUGUACAUGAUAUUAGUGUAGAUGACAGCUUCGUUUGUCACGUCUUCUGUGACCAUAGAAAAUGAGUGAAAUUUUAGGGGAUGAACUGGGACUGAAAUGUAAAACAAGCAGAGCGACAUCAAAUGCCUUAAUUUCGUUCGCGUGUGUGCGUGCUUAUGCAUGGGUGGGUGUAGGUGUGUACGUUACGUAAUCUACCUUCUAUGGAUGGCGCUAUAUUGGUCAGUUACCCUGGCAGCAGAUUGUUCUUUCUGAUCAUUUAAAACCAACAAGAACACGUGUGGAAACGAGGAAAAGUAGCUCAUCUCUCACUGAUAUACUUUUUUCCAACUUUUUUUGGCAAUGAACACGAUGAUUUUGGUUGUUUUAUGUAUUUUCAUAGGAAAGA